ACCCUAUGUUUCUGAAAGUUAUUAGCGAUCGUGUUCGUGGUAUAAAAAACUAGGGCGAGUCCAGCGUAUAUAAUAUAUAGACUACGUUUUCCCUUUUUCACAAUGUUGGAAAAUUGAUGGAUUGUAUAUAAAAGGAAAUUACUCUGCAUUUAGUUUAUAGAUGAGGUGGUUACUGAUAAUAUAUGACCUCGUUGUGUUUGUGUUUGUGUUUGCUAGGAUUUGAAAAUGAAGGGCAUUUAGCAGUCAUCCUGGAUAUUCCUCUGGGGGUUUUCCGUAAACUGAUUUCAGAUCUUCGUGCAAAGGAGUAUAAUGGAGAAGACUGGCAAUCUUGGUGUAAUCGAACUGGUUCAGGACAGUUAGUUCGCCAGGCGGCAACUGCUGCUUGUAUACUGAAUGAGGUGAUUUUUGGUGUAACGGAUCAAGCAACUGAUGCUCUCUCAAGACUGGUUCGGAAGUCAAGAAAGGGAAGUGACAAAUUUUUCCUGGGAAAUCUCAUGGAAAAAACGUGCAAAAAGUCAUCUGAGUGAUUGCGUUGGUAAAAUCUUGCACGAAUACCAAUCUUCUGAAGUGUGGGAUCUCCCUGUGGACCACCAAAAGACAAUUCCCGGGCAAACUGAUUCCGAUGUUCAACAUUUUAGUCUGCAUUUCUUAGAAGACUGUGCAAUGCUACACCAAGUUAUAAGAGAAGCAGUAGGUGUAUAAGUAUUUUCCUUGUGUCUUGGGAAAGAUUUUGCUCUAAGUGGAGAGAGGGAGAGAGGGAAAGAGGGAGAGAGAAUGGAGAAGGGAAGAGCACCUUGUGACAAGACCAAAGUGAAGAGAGGUCCAUGGAGCCCAGAAGAAGAUUUGAAACUCAUCUCUUCCAUUCAAAAGUUUGGUCAUAAGAACUGGAAAUCUGGGUUAUUGUGGUGUGGGAAAAGUUGACGUAUGAGGUGGAUUAACUACCUCAAACCAGAUCUGAAGCGUGGCAACUUCACUGCAGAGGAGGAAGAAACAAUCAUCAAGCUCCACCAGAACUAUGGGAACAAGUGGUCAAAAAUCGCUUCUCAGCUUCCAGGUAGAACAGAUAAUGAAAUCAAGAAUGUGUGGCGCACCCAUCUAAAGAAAAGAUUGGUUCAGAGCUCAGGAAACGAUCUCACUGCACAUGAACCAGCUUCAUCACCUUGUUUAAGUGAUUCUGUUUCUCGUGGGAACGAGGAUAAGUCUCGAGCAGAAGAUUCUUUGAACAUAACAACUAACGAUGAGUCGUCAUCGAGGAAUGGGUUGUCUACAUCUGUGUCAGCGGGUGGUUCCUUUAACCAUUCAAACCAAGAAGAUGAUCCAACGAUUGGCCUUAUGUUUGAGUACAUGGAAGAAGAUUACAGCGAAUUUAACGACAUUAUUCAAGAGGUAGACAAACCGGAUCUGGUGGAGAUCCCUUUCGAUACAGAUACUGACAUUUGGAGUUACUUAGAUGCUCCAAACUCGUUUCAACAAUGCGCUGCAAAUGAGUUCAGCUCAGCUUCAAGAGUAGAAGAAGAGUCUGAUGAGGAUGAGGUUAAGAAAUGGUUGAAGAACCUAGAAAGCGAACUCGGGUUAGAGGAAGAUGACAGUCAACAACAGAGAACACAAGAAAACAAAGAAUCAUCAUCAUCAUCAUCAUCAUCAUCAUCAUCAUCAUCAUUACUGAAGACGUGCGAGCUCAUGAUACAUUGAAUGAAAUUUUGGUAGUCAAGUUCUUGUUGGGUAGGAUUAGUUUGAAAUCUCUCUUUAUCAUCUAACAACAACAGCCAUCAUAAAACUACAAAACAAGAAGACCAGUUGCUAGCUUUUUGGUAAUUAACAUGUAUAUUAACGAGUUCAGCAAGG